AUGAAUAUGUUCUUGCUAUUUUUCCAGGUGAUUAAAUGCAAAGCUGCUGUGAUGUGGGGUCUAAAGCAACCCUUUUCCAUCGAGGAAGUGGAAGUCGCCCCACCAAAAGCCUGUGAAGUUCGAAUUAAGAUUUUGGCUACAGGAAUCUGUCGUACAGAUGAGCAUGCAAUCAGUGGUGCCAUGACCACUAAAUUUCCAGUAAUCUUGGGACAUGAAGCAACUGGGAUUGUAGAGAGUAUUGGAGAAGGGGUGACUACAGUGAAACCAGGAGACAAGGUUAUCCCACUCUUCCUGCCACAGUGUGGAAAAUGCUCCUCCUGCAUAAACCCUAAUGGCAAUUUGUGUGUGAAGGCUGAUGUUACUGGCAAGGGAGUGUUGUCUGAUGGCACCACCAGAUUUACUUGCAAAGGGAAGCCAGUCUACCACUUCAUGAACACCAGUACCUUCUCUGAGUACACAGUGGUGGAUGAAACUUCAGUUACCAAAAUCGAUGCCAAUGCUCCUCCAGAGAAGGUCUGUUUGAUUGGCUGUGGAUUCUCCACUGGUUAUGGGGCUGCAAUGAAGACUGCCAAGGUCACCCCUGGAUCUACUUGUGCUGUUUUUGGGCUGGGAGGAGUCGGCCUCUCAGUUAUUAUGGGCUGUAAAUCAGCUGGUGCUUCCCGAAUCAUUGGAAUUGACCUCAACAAAAGCAAAUUUGAGAAAGCCAAGGCUGUAGGAGCUACUGAGUGCAUCAGCCCUAAGGACUACACAAAGCCCAUCAAUGAAGUCCUGAGUGAAAUGACUGACAAUUCUGUAGGGUACACCUUUGAGGUUGUUGGGCGCCUUGAAACCAUG